UUACUACGAUGGAUUUACGUUUUCGAUAGUGGUCUGCUUAUAUUUUUUUUAAAUAAAUUUAUUUAGUCCAAUGUGAAUGUAUCAGUUAAUCAGAGUUUCUCUUAUUGUUUAUAUUAAUAGACUUAAAAUUUACUAAAGUGAAUUUAGUGCAAUGAAAACUUAAUUUAUUUAAGCAAAUUAUAUUUGCCAGUGACGGCAAGUAAUGAAUAGAGACUCUCUAACAAUGGAAUCGGAUAUUGUGAACUGGAGCAACAAAGAAGUUUUAGAUUUAUUACAUAGAGAUAAAUUAUCAAGUUAUAUUAUAGAUAUUUGUAAAUCUCACGACAUCGACGGACAGUGUCUAUUAUCAUUAAUUGAUCGAGACUUCUAUGAAUAUCCCUUUGAUCAGUUGAAACUAGGAGAGAGAAAACGUUUCAUACUCGUUGUAAAAAGACUACAGAAGAAUAACCGACACGCUAUGUUCGAGCUGGGCCUUUGCGAUGAUCAACUCUCAAAUCCAUCAACAAAUAUAAAUUUCCUUGGUACCAAUUUAUCUCAUUUGAGUUAUAAUCUUCAUAAGAAAAUGUCCAGUGAAUUCACAUAUGAAAGAAAUACAGAAUGUUUCAAUACAGAUGUGAAAGCCUCAAAAUUAAAACCAGAAAUUUGGAAAACUGCCUUAGCUCUAGGGUAUGUGUUUCUUGUAACAUGGGUUACAGCUGUGGUAAUGGUUAUUGUUCAUGACAAGGUGCCAGAUAUGAAAAAGUAUCCUCCUCUGCCAGACUUAUUUUUAGAUAAUGUACCACAUAUUCCAUGGGCCUUUGAUAUGUGUGAAAUUACUGGGUCCCUACUUAUGGCCAUUUGGUUGGUUGUUUUAUUCUUCCACAAACACAGAUUCAUAAUCUUGAGGAGGUUUUUUGCACUGGCGGGCACGGUGUUCCUGCUCCGGUGCUUCACGAUGCUGAUCACGUCACUGUCAGUACCUGGAUCCCACCUAAAGUGCGAGCCACGUUCGUACCCACCGGCCGACGACCUGACGGUGUGGGGGCGCCGCCUGCGACAGGCUUACGACAUCUGGAGCGGCGCAGGCAUGUCUGUCCGGGGAGUGCGCACCUGCGGGGACUACAUGUUCUCCGGGCACACGGUCGCGUUGACAUUACUUAAUUUCUUCAUCACGGAAUACACAUCGCGCAACCUGUACCUGCUCCACAUCCUCACGUGGGUGAUGAACAUGUUCGGCAUUUUCUUCAUCCUGGCAGCUCACGAGCAUUACUCCAUCGACGUGUUCAUAGCUUUCUACAUCACGUCGCGAUUGUUUCUCUACUAUCACACACUGUCCAACAACCAAGCUCUUAUGCAAAAUGACUCUUCAAGAACGCGUAUAUGGUUCCCAUUGCUGUCGUUUUUCGAAUCAGAAGUUGAUGGCAUCGUACCCAACGAGUAUGAAGGACCCGUAAUGAUAAUGCAGAACUUAAAACAAUGGUGUGUACAACUGUUGACCGACGUCAGAGAAUCCUCGAUGGCUAAGAUCGCUGGCACCAAGCUACAAGAAGGAGCCGCUAUGGGCGAGUACUCUGUCGUGAGGCUCGUAGACGGUAUUAAAAAAAACCUAAGUUUGGUGGAAGAGUUUAAAAAUUCCCGCGAACGGUUGGUCACCCUAGACAAAAACAUUCAAGCGUGCAUGCUGGAUGAACACACGGACAGUGAACUCCGUCACAGAAAUUUAGCAGGGCUCGCAGGCGAUUCACUUUUGAAAGAAUUCAGCAAUCCUCCGUCGCCAAUUCUGAAAAAAAGUAUAUGAAUAUACUGCACAAAGUUACUAGACUAGAGGCUGUUCUUAGAUAUAUUCAUUGUAGAUGUACUAUACGAUGAAGUGAAUAGAGACCUGAUGUUUACAUUUCCAUAUAGAUUUUAUAUCGUGUUAUUCCAUAUUUAUUUAACUGUAAGUUAAAUGUGUAAUAAUAAAUUAAUAAAAAAAAGUUUAUUUGCUCAAAAUACAUGAAUAAUGAAUAAACUAAAUUUUCGCUUA